UUUUUUUUUUUUUUAAUAAAAAUAUGAUGAUAAAAUUCAAGAAUUGCAUUUAUAAAAUAAAAAAGGUAUUUAUAUGCAUCAAUAAAUAACUUAUCUUUGUAACUUAGAAGGUUAAGAAACGAUGUCAAUAAUGUUUGUUGUACUAAUAAAAGUAUUAAUGUGUGUACUCUAUUGAUAGGUCACUAUUGUAAUUGCGAAUCUUCACUUGUUAAUCGAUAUUCUUGACUUAUAAUCAUUUUAAAUCAUUCGAAUUUUUCAAUUAUUCAUAUUUUUUUUCGUAACAAUCAUAAAAUUUUUAAUGAAAAAUUUUUGCUAAUUAAUAUUUUUAUUUCUUCUAUCUUAUUUAUGAGAAAUUUUUAUUAUUUGAUAUUGUUUUGAUUACUUUAAUUGAUAUUAUGCUUCUUUACACAAAUGAUUUUUAGUUAUCGAUCACGAUCUUUGGUAUUUUUAGUUGACAUGAAUUUUCAACACUUAUUUAAUAUUUAUUAUAAUUACCAUAUUUUACCAUUAGUAAUGUAUUAGAUUAUCAUAAAUCAAAUUCAAUAUUGCUAGUCAUUGAUGAUAAAAUUAUAUAUUAUUUUUUUUUAAUUUUUUUAUCUUAAAUGAAGAUUAACAAUUUAUUAAAAUUUAUUUAUUUAUAUUAAAAAUAUUAAAAAUAUAUUAAUUAAAUAAUAUCAGAAAGUUGUAACUGUAAUUGAAAAAAAAUAGAAAAAUACUUAUUUAGGCAAUAGUUUUUUUUAGAUAUAUUUACUAUUUAAAUAUUUCUUAAAACUUGAAAUUUUAUACGAUAUUCACUAUAACAAAGAGAAAUUUGAUUAUAUUUUUUAAUUUUCUUGAAGUUAGAUUCAAAAUAUUUUUGACAGUAGGACAAUUUUUCUCGAAAUUUUUUUAGAAAGAGUUUAGAAAAAAUUCAUCUAUUUUCAUUCCUUUCAAAUUUGCAUGAAUUAAUUUUUAUCUACAUAAUUUUAAUCCACAUAAAUAAUUUUUUGUAUAUUUCAUUCAUAAUAUCAUUCAAUUAAAGCAUAUUUCUUUUUCAUUCAACUUUGACAUUGUUUAUAUACAUAGUCGAAUUCAAUUGAGCAAGUUUAUAUAAACUAGUUUCAAAAAUUCAAUUAGUUCAAAAUUUAAAAUUGUAUGAUUAAAAUUUUCGAAUAGUGAAAAUUUUUCAAAAUUUUAAUCUUUCAAAUUUAAUAUUAUACAAAAAUUUAAUUUUUAUAGUAAAGUUUUAAAGUUUUAAAUUUUUGUUUUUUUUAAACACAAUAAUUAAUUAAACAUUGUACUUUUUUCUUAUUUUUGUUAUAUUAUAAAUCAUAAUAUUUUUCUACAAUCUUAUAAUAUAAAUUUACAAUUUUCAUUAACUCAUUUCAAAUCUAGUUUCAAAAUUAUUUUUAUAUAAUAUGAAACAUUAUUUGUUAAAAAUAAAAAUUAUAUUAUUAUUGAAAAUAAUAAAGUAUUAAUUUUUCAUAGAUAAAAAAUUUGAUUAAAUUUAGAUUUGUUGAAUAUUUUAAAUAUUAUUAAGACUUUAUUAUUAAAGACUUUUUACUAAAUGCUUUUCUCAAUAAUAACAAAUAAAUUAAAUUUAAAUUUUAUUGUAAAAAGAACGUGUAUAUAUAUAUGUUUUCUAAUAAUCAAAAAUCUUCAUUCAUAUUAUAUGAUAUCAUAUUUUUUCAAAAAAAUAAAAACUAUAAAUUUUCAAAAAUAUCAAAGAAGUCACUAUAUCGAAAAUGAAUCAAAUAAAAUAUCAAGUCGCAAAAAUUUAAAUGCUAGUGAUAAUUCCAACAAAUUAUUAUGGCAGAUGUUUAUGCAUGUUUGUAUUUUUAUGAAUAUAAUCUAAAUGAAAAUUUAUUUCAGUCUAUAAAUAUUGUAACGAGAAUUUUGUUUUAUAUUUUAUAAAGAGUGUUAAUAUAAUUUGUUGACUUUUGAAGGAUCGAAUCUAAAGAUCAAAAUAAAUGUAGAAGUUGAUAUACAAAAAUGUCAAUUAAAAGUUUAUAUAUAAAGUUAUAAGGAAUUUAUAUUUUUAUUAAAUAAAGCAAAAAUAUAGAUAAAAUAAAAUUAUUCUAUUUCCAUUUCGUUUCAUUUAACGUAAAUUUAAAUUACUUAUUAUGUUUUUUUGUACAUCGAUUUAUUUUAUUUUGUAGAAUCGAGCUUUCAAAGAUAUUUCACGAAUAUAUUAUCACUUUAUAUAUAUUUAUGCAUUAUAUUCACAAUAUAUUUUUCCAAAUUUUUCAUAAAUAAACAAAUAUCCAAUCUACUUAUAUCAAAUCAUUAUCAAAUUUAAUUAUUAGAUUGCGAUUAUUUAUGCAUUUAUGCAAAAUUUGAAUAAAAUAAAAACCUACAAAAAUACAUGUAAUAUAAAAAAAAAAUCAAAAAAAUAUAUAUAUUCAAAGUAUAAUAUAUAUUGUAAUAUUUGAGUGAUAAAACAAAUUUCUUACUUAAUUUUUAUAUUUUUAUAUACUUAAUAUACUAGUAUAAAAUUUUAAAAAAUUUUGCCAAAAAUAUUUUAUUUAGUUUUAGUCAUAAAAAUUUAUUUUUUGCAUAAAAAUCUGCAAUUUACCGAUCGCUUCGCCCAAAUCUUACAAUCCUUUCGAUGGUGCAACGAUCUUGCAAAGAAGCAUUGCACGCUUGAAAUCGCGUCGCCCGUUCUAAUUACACAUGUAUUGUAUCUCCGUCACACCGCUGUAGAUCGGAAUUUAAUCGUUCAUCGUGCCACGAAACCUCUUCUCUUGCUCCCGUUCGAAUCGCGCUCCUCCCCCGAUUUCGUAAUUUCUAUAUGUGUCAAGGUGCGCGCCAGAGAGACAGAAGAUGAAAUAGGAGAGGAACGAAGAGAAUCCUCUUACGCAUGUAUGUGCACACACCAUGUUCGCGAAAAUGCCCAUCGGUGACGAUGAUGCAUCGUAAACGAUGACCUCGUCGUGCACCAGGAAGCUCUCGCGUUGCCAAGAUCUCUCUUAUUCCUCCUAAAAAAGUCGAAUUUCGCUAUUCCGAAUAAUUAGGAUCUAAUUUACGUAAUAAAUUCGUAUUUUUCUUUGCUCCUUCGAAUAUAUAUUAAUCUUCGUUCUUUCUCGUGUAUUCUUCUCUUUUUAAUUCCUUCGCUUUUUUAUUAUGAUGUAAGAAAAAGUGUAGAUUUAAAAGAAAAGAGAGAAGAAAAGAUUAAGGAAAAAGGAGGAAAGAACGAGAAACCGGAUAGAGAGAAAAGAAAAUCGUUUUCAACUAGAGAGAGAGAGAGAAAGAGAAAGACGAAUAAACAGUUCGGAGGAAGAGAGAGAAGAAAAAAUAGAUAUGCGAGAGAGGAAAAUACCAGGAAGAAGGAGUUAGAAUAAAGAAAUAAAGAAAUAUUCGAUUUGGGUUGGAAAGAAGAGGAAAAUAGAUCUAGAAGAAAGAGAAGAAAAAAGAAGACGAAAAAGGCGAGAGUCGAAGAAUUUAGAGCGAGAAAGAGAAAGAAGUAUUCGAUUUCACAUGCAAAGGAAAGAAAAGAAAAGAAUAGACGAAGAAUACGAGAGAACGAACGGAUACGAAACGAACACUUUAGAGAAAUAAACAGAUAAAAAAACAAAAGGAAUGAUUAAGAAAUAGAAAAUAAAGAGAAGGAAGAACGAGCAGUUUAGAAUAAGAAACAAAAAGAAAUAUUCGAUUUGGGAUAAAAAAAGGAAAGGAAAAUAGAUAAUGUAUCGGAGAACAGAGGAGAGAGGAUAAAGAGAACACAAAUUGAAACGGUUUGAAGCGAGUAAGAGAAGAAAUAGAUUCGGGAUAAGAAGAGGAGGGAAAGAACGAAAAAGAGAAACGGAUUAGGAAGAGGACGAGGGAACGACGAACGGUUUAGAGCGAGAAACGGAUAGAGAAGGAGAGAAUAGUCGGUCGGAGAGUACAGCUCACAACCGCUGCUCGAUAUUUUUAGUGCGAGGAGAGUAUUUGGCGGGGCGCACCGACUCGCCUUCUCGUCUUCUCGUGAACGGUCGACAUCGGCCGUCGUCUCCGUGACCGCCGUGCUCGUGUGCCUCUUUAGUGCCUCCGUUGGCGUCCCUGUUGCGCGAUCUACACGUUACUCGCACCUCCGGCCGAGUGAUGAACCUGCGGCCAGAAGCGUCUUCUCACUCCCCGCCAAUCGUCUCUGGAUCACUCUUUAUCAUCUUCCGCCUUUUAUUUCAUCUUUCUUCUUCCUCUGUUUCGCCGAUAUCGCGCGUAUGCCUUGUACUUGGAUGUUCGUGAGUCGAUGUCGUUUUCGCCAUCGUUGGUGCGAUUCUCUCGCAUGUGUCGCGUUAAGGACACCAGGCAAGGUCUAGCGGAACGACCUUGAAACCGUGUGUGCAUGUGUGUGCUAAGUCCAAGAGGCUGUGAAACGCGCGCCAUUGCUGAAUUCGAAAACAAACAGGAUUACUCGAGGAACCAGCUGCUGAAACAUUGAGCUUGGAAUACCGGAAAGAAGAAUUUUGUUUCUAUUUGGCUCAGAGUAAUUUUCCUCGCCACGAUCUCUCAAGUCGUUGAAUCGUCAGAGGAGCAGCCGUGUGGGCGUUGAAACUGCAUCUCGAUGUUCAUCUUCGCGCCACGCGACAAUAUGUCGACGUCUCGUCAGGAUUCGGCGGGCCGGCGAAAUCGGUACGCACGUUCCUCGACAACCACGAGCGUCACUCAACUACUCAGUGACUCAUGCUCGAGUCUGUUGCAAAGACUGACCACCAGAGUUCGCGGGACGUCGACCGUGAACGACAACAUGGUGAACAAACCUACAAUUAUUACCAGACAUUCUCCUAUAGUUAACCAAUUAAACAGCGCCAGGGCUCGCAUAGAGGACAAGUACUGCACCAUUUUGGACAAAUAUUCCAGAAAGAAGCAUACAGAUCGUCCCUCGGUCGAUUAUGGACCACGUACUCGCGAAAGAGACACGUAUUUUCGCCGCGAAGACAGUCCAUUCGUUCGAGAUGAGAAAACUUUGGAACCUUCGAUGACCCGCACCGUGAUCAAGAGUCCUACUAGCGUGGUUCUUUCUGAAAAAGCAUAUCCUUAUGUAAAAUCCUCCAAUGUGAAAGAGUUCAAGCGCGAUAAGACGCCCGGAUAUCAUCGCACGGACAAACACUCAUUGUUAAACUCGGAUACCUACAAAAGGUAUGGAAGACACAAGUCUGGUCAUGCAGAGACACGUACCAGAAAAGUGAGACCCUAUCGAAAUGGAAAGAGUGAACAAUUGGAGUCCUCGUCGACUGCUCUUCGACUAGCCAGACCUAUGAAAGUGGAAUCUUCGACACCGAAAGAGAAGAACGAGGAAGAUCCUGAUAAGACACCGACUAGCAGCGUGGCUAAAGAAACUGUGACAAACGAUAAUGUUGCUGUUGCAACAAUCGAGGUUGAAGAAAGUGAUCCAGCCAUUUCUGAGAGAGCAGCGAAACGAAAGGAGAUACAAAGUUUGAUUUUAAAAUACGCCGCUAUGGAAGAGACAUACAGCCAGUUAGCGGCAGGUGGCCAGGUGAAGAUGAGGCCGAGUACCACGGACAAAAUCGCCAGCAAAUAUAAGAAAAGCACGCGCCAAAGCGAACGAAAAGACGCGUCGAAGAGCGCGAUGGCCGCGAGUGUUGUUGACAACCACGUGGACGCGAUUCAACACGCGAUUAGCCCACGACCGCCCUCCGUCGAGGACGACGAAGACGGCCACCUUGUUUACCAAUCCGGCGACAUCCUGGCAAAUAGAUAUAAAGUACUGGCCACCCUAGGAGAGGGUACUUUUGGAAAAGUUGUCAAGGUUAAGGACUUGCAAAUGGAUCACGUGAUGGCGCUGAAAAUCAUCAAGAACGUAGAGAAGUAUAGGGAAGCCGCGAAGCUCGAAAUAAACGCUUUAGAGAAAAUUGCGACCAAGGAUCCGGAAGGCCAACACUUGUGCGUGAAAAUGCUCGAUUGGUUUAAUUAUCACGGACACAUGUGUAUCGCCUUCGAAAUGCUUGGACUUAGCGUAUUUGAUUUCUUGAGAGAUAACAGUUAUCAGCCUUAUCCAUUGGAACAUGUCAGGCACAUUGGAUAUCAAUUAUGUUAUGCCGUCAAAUUCCUACAUGAUAAUAAACUCACGCACACUGAUUUGAAACCAGAAAAUAUAUUAUUUGUAGAUUCCGAUUAUGAUAGUAUAUAUAGUAGCAAAAAGCGAAGAGAUAUUAGACGUGUAAAACGGACAGACAUUAGACUCAUUGAUUUUGGUAGUGCUACAUUUGAUCAUGAACAUCACAGCACGAUUGUUAGCACAAGACAUUACAGAGCGCCUGAAGUAAUUUUAGAAUUAGGAUGGUCUCAGCCUUGUGACGUAUGGUCGAUUGGCUGCAUUCUCUUCGAACUGUACCUGGGUAUUACUUUAUUUCAAACACACGACAACCGUGAACAUUUAGCGAUGAUGGAACGUAUACUUGGCACAAUUCCACACCGUAUGGCCCGUAAAACUAAAACUAAGUACUUCUAUCAUGGCAAAUUAGAUUGGGAUGAAAAAAGCUCAGCAGGCAGAUAUGUUCGAGACAAUUGCAAACCUUUACAUCGUUGUAUGCUUUCUGAUGACGAAGAACAUCGACAAUUGUUCGAUCUCAUUCAAAAAAUGUUAGAAUAUGAACCAUCACAGAGGAUAACAUUGAAGGACUCAUUGGCACAUCCCUUUUUUGAUGCGUUACCUGCACAUCAAAGAUUACCAGAUCUUCGAGCAGCUGGUGAUUCCCAACAAAGUCACGAACGAUCACAUUCUCUCUCACGAUGAAGCUAGGAAAGGGACCGACUUCCGUGCUGGACAGACACUCCACUGUCAAUGACACUACUGCCCUACGUCGCUAUUUUCAAAUCCUUAAGUCUCAUAAGACUGUACUUUUCCGGCAAUAAGAUUCGAUGACGUCAACCGAUAUUUAAAUAAAAUUAAACAAUUAGAUAAAAAAAGAAGAAAAGAAAUUUUAUUAGGAAAUAUGAUUAAAUUUGUUAACAACAAUUGAUGAUAUUGAUUAAAUCGUAAAUCGUAUUAUUCAUUAACGACGUAAAAUAAAAAAGAAAAAGCAGUAGUGCAAUGGUGCUGUGGAACUUGGAUAUAACUUAUAAUAGAUCAUCAAGAAUCUUUGCAUAAAUGUGCAAAGUUGUUUUCUUAUCUCUAUUUACGAGACAUUAAAAUUGGUAAAUAACCAAACCAAUUUGACAAAAUGUAGGUCCCUGUUACUGGUUCGUAGAAAGACCAGUGUGUCUGCUCAGUGUAGCGUAACAGCGUCCCGACAUUGUAAACAUUUUCUAAAUGCUCUUCUGUACAUUUUAUCCUUAAUUUUAUUACAAUGUUAUUAUGCAACAAAGUUUGGAGUAAAGAAGGGUCGCAGUUUAUACUCUGUUUGUUAUAGAUUGAUGACCAUGGCGUGUUUAGUAGUAAGAAUCAGAUUUAGCAUUAAGAUACAAAUAAAUAUAUGCGUACGUGUUGAUGAUAUUAAAAUAAGAUUAACAAAGAGAAAGUGAGAAUGAGAAAGAAAGGAAGUGUGUGAGAGAGACAUUCAACGCCAAUUCAUCGUCGUAAAAUACACAAUUAACGUUUUCAAAAAUCAUAAGAUAUAGCAUACGAUUUGUCUUAGAAAGUGCUAAUGUAUUUUUUUCGAUGCUUUAGGAUAUGGCUAAUAUGAAAUUUUCUUUUUUUUGGGUUCGGUAUAUAUCUGAAUUUCGUUGCAUUGUUUUACGAUGUUGCAGACAAUCAUGUGUGUUUUAAGUUUCGUCGAUUCGAUUAAAUGGCUAAGCCAAAUAGAUUGUUUUUUAAAUACACUUAAUACUGGAAGUUUUAUGCGUACGUCGCAUAUCUUAAUGCGGAUUUACGUGCCUAAAAACACCUCUGCUUUUAUUUUGUUUAAAUACAGGAAUGUAUUCUUAAAAAUUAUGGAACUCUUACCACUUAUGUACAUCUUGUUUGCCUCUUUUAGUUCUUAUACAUACAACAUGACGGAAUCUUAUCACAUCCUGCUGCUCGUACAAAAAGAAAAAGGAAUAUAUCUGAAUACUGUGAAAAAAUACUGUUUCGAGUAGCAAUAAACACAUUUCUUUCAAAUAA